AUGGCUACCCCCAGUGUCCUCGCCUUUGACGCUGAGGGCAGAGCCAUUGACUUUGACGUGUGGGUAGACGACCUACUGCUUUUCCUACAGUGCGACAGAGCUGACGGACUCUCUCUCUUUGAUCUCACUUCUGGUGCCUCUCCCGCCCCUGCUGCUACUGAGGAUGCCACUGUUCGCUCACAGUGGGCCACACGCGAUGCUGCUGCACGUCUUGCUGUGCGUCGCCACCUCCCUCCCGCUGAGCGUGCGCACUUUGGGUCGUACAAGAGUGCUAAGACCUUGUACGACGCCGUUAUCGCACGCUACUCCACCCCUGCCACUACUGCACUGAGCCGCCUCAUGCUACCGUACCUCUUUCCCGACCUUGCUGCUUUUGCCACAGUCGCCGACCUCAUUACCCACCUGCGCACUAGUGACGCUCGCUUCCGCGCUGCACUUCCUGCUGAGGACGACCUACUCGCAGUCUGCCCCACCACUCUCACUGUCGAGAUCCUCGAGAAGUCCCUCCUCACAGCCGAGAAGAGCAUUCUCGCUGUAGGGGCCUCUCGUGGUGACCCGCGCACCCCCAUCUUUGAGGGGUGUUCCCCCUCCCCCCUCCUGCCCUCUGUCGCCUCUGCUGCUACGGCCGACCUUGUUGGUUUUGAGUCGGUCGGAGCAGCGUCUGCCCCCAGCGGGAGACGUCGCUCUGGCAAGAGCAAGGGGGGCAGGGGCGGUGGUGGAGGCGGCGGGGGCGGUGGAGGCGGAGGUAGAGGCAGCGGCGGAGGUGAGGGUGGUAGCGGGAGUAGUGGCGGGAGUGGAGGUGUCGGCGGAGGCAGUGGAGGCGGGGGCGGCAGCGGCGGUAGUAGUGGGGGUGGAGGCGGAGGCGGCGGUGGCGGCGGCGACGGUGGGAGUGGCGGUGGCGGUGGAGGUAGUGGCGGCGGCGGCGGAGGAGGCGGCGGAGGUCGUGGCGCGCCGAGGAGGAGUGGCUCCGGUGGUGGUCAGCGCCAGCAGCAGCAGCGUGGUCAGGAGACCCUCUCCCCGCAGCAGCUCCGUGAGUGGUACUCUGCGCGUCAGCGGGGUGGGGGUACUGGUCCGUGCACUUACGUCUUGCGCACUGGCGACCGUGCGGGUGAGCAGUGUGGUGGUCCACACUCCGCCCAGCGUUGCUUCGGCCGCCUGACUGACGCUUGGCGCUGCCAGUUUCCUGACGCCUCUGAGAUCCCUCGCUGGGACCAGCUGUCUAGGGCUGGAGUAGCUAUCUUUGAUCUUGACUUUGAUGCUAUUCUUGCUGCUAUGUAUGCUGUGACUAUUAGUGAGGAGGGUGACUGUUACCGGUGUUUCCCGCCCGACCCGGGCAUUGGUACUGCGGCUCUAGGUGCUGUUGCGGCUGCUGCUCCAGGUGCUGGUGAGGCUGUUGCUCUAGGUGCCAGUGAGUCUGAGUCCUCGGGUGCUGGUGAGUCUGCUCUCUCAGGUACAGUGUCGACUUCACCCUCUCUCACUUUCACUCUUGACUCCGGGGCGUCUCGCUCCUUCUUUCAAGACCGCACCACACUCACGCCGCUUAGUCGGCCAGUGGCGGUCUCCUUGGCAGACCCCUUUGGGGGUCCUGUUCUGGCUCGCUACUCCACUGUCCUGCCGUGCCCUGCGGUCCCGUCUGGCGCCCUGUCCGGUCUCUACCUCCCCUCGUUCUCUACGAACUUGGUGGCGGGUGCUGACCUACAGGAUGCAGGGGUUGACCACUUCACCCCUGCGCGCCAACGAGUCACCCACUGCACGGACGCGGACACGGGUCGACACCUGACCACAUUCACACGUGGUCCAGGGUCCAGCCUGUACACACUCACUGUUCCGUCUCCUUCUCCUGCGUCUGUUCAGGUAGCUGCGUCGGGUCAGGUGUUUGCUGCAGCGUCCAGGUCUGGUCCUAAGUCUGCCCCCUGCUCGUGUCGCCUCCUGUCCCACGAGACCCUCCUGUGGCACCACAAGAUGGGUCACCCCUCCCUGCCUCGUCUCCGGGGCAUGGCCUCUCGCCUUCUUGUCUCUGGCCUUCCCCGGUCCCUCCCUCCCCUUCCUCCGGGGCCUGGCCCUCCCUGUGUCCCCUGUGUCGAGGGUCGCCUGCGGGCUACCCCUCACUCCUCCCCGUUCCCUCCGACGGAGGCCCCGAUGCAGACGCUUCACAUGGACGUGUGGGGCCCAGCCCGCGUCCGUGGACAGGGUCACGAGCGCUACUUCCUGCUGGUGGUUGACGACUACUCGCGUUACACCACAGUCUUCCCCUUGCGCAGCAAGGGUGAGGUCACUGAGGUGUUGAUCGACUGGAUCCGCGCAGCUCGUCUCCAGCUCAGGCGGAGCUUCGGCUCGGACUUUCCUGUUCUGCGUCUGCAUUCGGACAGAGGCGGGGAGUUCUCCUCCGGCCUUCUGCGAGCCUACUGUCGGGCACGAGGCAUCCGCCAGACCUCCACGCUUCCGGACUCUCCACAGCAGAAUGGGAUUGCUGAGCGCCGCAUCGACAUUGUCAUGGACGUCGCCCGUACGUCCAUGGUGCAUGCGGCUGCCCCCCAUUUUCUGUGGCCGUUUGCGGUUUGGUACGCCGCGCAUCAGAUCAACCUUCAGCCCAGAGUCUCCCGACCGGAGACCUCCCCAGCUUUUCUGUGGACGGGGAAGGUUGGCGAUGCGUCGGCGUUCCGUGUCUGGGGAUCUCGGGCAUUUGUCCGCGACUUGUCUGCGGACAAGCUGUCCCCUCGUGCUGCUCCCUGUGUCUUCCUUGGCUUCCCCACAGACGCUCCCGGGUGGCAGUUUUACCACCCCUCCUCUCGUCGUGUUCUGUCCUCCCAGGACGUCACGUUCGACGAGUCAGUCCCCUUCUACCGCCUCUUCCCCUACCGCACUCCUUCCCUCCCCCCUCCGCCGGACUUCCUUGUGCCAGUUCCCCCCCCGGUAGACCCCCUCCCCCCUCAGGUUCCUGCCCCCUCAGGUGUGUCCCAGGUAGACGCAGUUGACUCGGUCGAGGUUACUGGUGACUCUGGUGCUGCUGCGGGUGCUGAGCCUGGGGGUGCUGACUCUGGGGGUGCUGUGCGCGGGGGUGCCGAGCCUGGAGGUGCUGCUACUGGGGGUGCUGAGCCUGGGGGUGCUGGGCCUGGGAGUGCUACUGCGGAGGGUGCUGAGCCUGGGGGUGCUGAGCCGGGGGGUACGGUGCCUGGAGCUGCUGAGCUAGGGGGUGCUGGGUCUGGGGGUGCUGGGUCGGGAGCUGCUGAGCCUAGGGGUACUGAGUCUGGAGCUGCUGAGCCUGGGGGUGCUACGUCUGGAGCUGUUGAGCCUGGGGUUUCUCCUGCUGCUGCGUCUCGCCGGGAGCCCCUCUCUCCACAGGAGCUGCGCGAGUGUCCCGGAGCUGCUGGGUCUGCGGGUACUCCUGGAGCAGGAGCUCCUGAGGGUGUUGGUGCUGAGACUACUGCUGUCUGUCCCGGCGGUGGUUCUUCUACUGGUGCUGCUGGAGGUCCUGCCGCUGGAGGUGUUGGUGGCGCUGGUGCUGUCGCUGAGGGUGCUGGUGCUGUCCCUGCUGAGUCUGGAGCUGCCGCGCGGCCUCGACCGUACUUCGUUCCGCUCCUGCAGCAGGUUCUUGGUCUUUCUCCUCCGGUAGAGUGUUCACAGCCUGUCCAGUCACAGUCACUGUUGGAGCCUUCCUCUCCACUGCCUGCUCCCUCUCCUUACACUGGUCCUACUGGAGGUCUUGCUGAGCGUCGUGAGCCUGCGUCUCGUCCUGCGUCGCCUGUUCGUGCUGCUCACACUAGUGGUCGCGGUUCGCGUCCGCGUCCUCCUCCUGUCCCUGGCACGCACCGGAUGUCUCUGCGUCCGUCCACUGCUCCUCUGCGUGCCCCUUUGCCUUCUCCUCCUGAGUCCUCUCUUCCUGCCCUUGCCGACCCGGAGUCGGACUCUCUUCGUGCUGCCAGUCCUACUGUCACGCGUCUGCUUGCUACUGUCGUCACUGACCCCUCUUUUGAGUCCACUGCUGCGUCUGCUCUUGUCGCUGAGCUCGUCGACUUUGCUGCUCGCUGUCGUCUAGACUACGCUGCUAGUCUUGUUGCUGAGUCUGCGUGUGUCUGUCCUCCGUCCGUCGGGGGUGAGUGUGCUCUUGGCACGGACGUCCUAGAGGACAGGCAGGAGGAGUUACAGUGUCUGGCGGCUGCUUCACCUCAUCUUGCGUCUGUUCUGCUUGCUCCUGAGGGAGACCCGGAUGCACUAGACAUCCCGACUCCGCGCUCUUACGCGGAGGCCGUAGAGGGUCCCUACUCGUCUCAGUGGCAGGCAGCUAUGGAUGCAGAGAUGGCUUCCUGGAAGUCCACAGGCACCUACGUUGACGCAGUUCCCCCUCCUGGGGCGAACAUCGUCAGUGGCAUGUGGAUCUUCAGGCGGCAGGGAGUUGACUACUUUCAGACCUUCUCUCCCACCCCAAAGAUGACCACUCUUCGGGUGCUGCUGCACAUAGCCGCUCAGCGCGACUACGAGCUUCACUCUCUCGACUUCAGCACUGCGUUCCUACAGGGUAGCCUGCACGAGGAGAUCUGGCUGCGACGUCCACCUGGCUUCACUGGGACUUUCCCUCCUGGCACCCAGUGGAGCCUCCGACGGCCAGUCUACGGUCUCCGCCAGGCACCGCGUGAGUGGCACGACACACUGAGGACUACGCUUGCGGCUCUUGGGUUUGCUCCUUCUACUGCUGACCCGUCGCUGUUUCUGCGCACCAACACUUCUCUGCCGCCGUUCUACAUCCUCGUGUACGUCAACGACUUGGUCUUUGCCACAGCGGACACUGCUGGACUCGCCUACGUGAAGUCCGAGCUGCUGAAGAGACACACGUGCACAGACCUGGGUGAACUGCGCAGCUACCUUGGCUUGCAGAUCACUCGGGACAGAGCACGCCGCACCAUUACCUUGACUCAGUCACACAUGGUGCAGCAGGUCCUUCAGCGCUUCGGCUUCACGUACUCCUCGCCUCAGGCCACUCCUCUGUCUACUCGCCACUCGCUCUCAGCUCUGCCUUCGGAUGAGUCCGUAGAGUCGAGUGGCCCGUACCCAGAGCUUGUUGGCUGCCUCAUGUACCUGAUGACCUGCACACGACCUGACCUUGCAUACCCUCUGAGCAUUCUUGCACGCUAUGUUGCUCCUGGGAGACACCGACCAGAGCACAUGGCUGCAGCGAAGAGGGUGUUGCGCUACCUGUGCAGUACGUCGGGCAUGGGGCUAGUGCUUGGAAGGCGGAGUCCAGUGGUCCUUACAGGACACGCGGACGCUUCUUGGGCUGACGACCAGGCUACGCAGCGGUCGUCACAGGGUUACACCUUCAGCCUUGGUUCCGGCUCUGUCUCGUGGCGGGCUACUCGCUCGUCUUCGGUUCUCAGCUCCAGUUGUGAGGCUGAGAUCUACGCUGGGGCCAUGGCUGCACAGGAGCUUCGCUGGCUCACCUACCUGCUGACUGACCUUGGAGAGCCGCCUCGUUCUCCUCCAGUGCUGUACGUAGACAACAAGGCCAUGCUGGCCUUGUGUCGAGAGCAGCGUCUGGAGCACAGAACAAAGCACAUUGCUCUUCGCUACUUCCUUGCUCGUGAGCUGCAGCAGCGUGGACAGUUGCGGCUUGCGUACGUGGCCUCUGAGGCCAACACUGCUGAUGUGUUCACCAAGGCACUCGCACCUUGUGACCAUCAGCGCCUUUGCACCCAGCUGGGUCUUGUGCCUGUCAUGCCUCACUUGCUCUCCUCUUGA